UUUCUCAAACUGCCUAAUUUUUAUAUCUUCGUAUUAUUAUAUAUCUUUCUUCCUUAAUUUCACUCAUUUCUUGGACCUAAUUUUCAUGGAGAGCACCGAUUCUUCCUCCGGCUCCCACCACCCCCAGCUGCCGCCGGGAUUCCGCUUCCACCCCACCGAUGAAGAGCUAGUCGUCUACUAUCUUAAAAAGAAGGCUGCUUCAGCUCCUCUCCCUGUCACCAUCAUCGCUGAGGUUGAUCUCUACAAGUUUGAUCCUUGGGAGCUACCAAGUAAGGCUACGUUUGGAGAGAAGGAGUGGUACUUUUUCAGUCCUAGAGAUCGGAAAUACCCCAAUGGGGCUAGGCCUAAUCGGGCUGCAACUUCUGGGUAUUGGAAGGCCACCGGAACAGAUAAGCCUAUACUAACUUCUAAUGGAGCUCAAAAGGUUGGUGUGAAGAAAGCACUGGUUUUUUAUGGUGGUAAGCCUCCUAAAGGGAUUAAAACUAAUUGGAUUAUGCAUGAAUACUGUCUUGUGGAUAAUAAAAAUGAUAAUAAGUCUGCUUCAAAACUUCCUGGUGUUGAUUCAGUGACCAAGAAACGCUCUUUAAGGCUUGAUGAUUGGGUUUUAUGCCGGAUUUACAAGAAAAGCAACUCUCAAAGACCUAUGGAGAGGGACGAGAAGGAUUCAAUGGAGGGUUUGUUUUCUACACUUCCAAUAAUACAUCUAAAACCCCCUGCACCUGCAAGUUAUGUCUCUGUACUUGAAAAUGAAGAGAAUUUCUUUGAAGGGAUACUAACAGGAAAUGAUGGCAUGCAAAAUAGCUCCAAUAUUUCACGUCAUCAGUUUCCCUCUUCAAGACCUAAGCCACAUAUAUCCACCAUACCCUCUGUUUCUACUUCCAACAAUACUCUCCCAGUAAAACGACAGCUCCCAUCUGAACAAUACUGGAAUGAAGCUGCUGCUGCAGGAUCAUCCAUGGCAGCUUCCUCAGAGAAGCGUUUUCAUGGUGAUCUUAACAGUUGUAGCACUGCUACUGAGGAUAACACCUCCUUUGUUUCUUUGCUCAGCCAGAUUCCACAGGGUACACCAUUUCACCCUAAUACCUUUCUUGGCUCCCUUGGUGAUAGCGUUUUGAGACAACAGUUUCAGAUUCCCAGCAUGAACUUGAACUCACAAUAAUAGGAACUUAUCUAUAUGUGUACAUACAUAGACACACACAUACAUAUAUAUAUAUACAGAGAGAGAGAAGAUAUAUCUAUGCAUGAACAGUACUUAAAUGAAGAUAAAGAAAGCAAAGAACUCUACAAGAAACAUUUAUUGUCUACAUUUUAGGCGAAGAUCAUUGCGUUCCAGAGCUUUGAUUCAUCGAAAAUUGUUCCUAUUAGAAGGCUUUGAUGAGCUACUUUCAAUUUAAGUAACCAUGCAGGUGAGGUCUUAAUUUAUACCA